CCACGACAUGUUUCCCAAGGCGACCGUGCACUGCCUGCUUCUGCCGCGGUCCGCGGUGCACAACAGGCUGCACCCAUUUGAGGCGUUUCGCGACGCCGCCUUCCUCGCGCAGGUCCGCGCCGACACGGCGGUACUGCGGGACCUCGUCGCCAAGGAGCUACAGCGGGUGCUGGGCAGGCACAGCGCGGCUGAGAGGGCGCGGAACGCCGUGCUUGACGGAGAGGUGGAGCCGGAGGUCGGCGGUGACGGGGAUGUGAGGCUGCCGGAGGGGAGAAACUGGCUGCGAGAGGUCAAGGUGGGCGUGCACGCGGUGCCGAGCAUGAAUCAUUUGCAUGUCCAUGUCCUGAGUCGAGACAUGCACAGUGAGAGGAUGAAGCACCGGAAGCAUUAUAAUUCAUUCACGACGGAUUUCUUUGUGCCGCUGGAUGAUUUCCCGCUGGCCGAGGACGAUGCGAGGCGAAGGCAGGACAAGUGGCCUGAGCGGCCGAUAGUGUGUUGGAGGUGUGGAAAAGACUUUGGAAAUAAAUUCAAGGAGUUGAAGCAACAUUUGGAGGUCGAGUUUGAACAGUGGAAGAGGGAGUAGGGGGGGGAUCGCGUUUGUUUUCGGAUGAGCAUAUCUGGAAUCACAGCUGGCGUUGGGCACAAGAUAGAGAUACCCUGUUUUCUGCAUGAGAAUCUGCAUCACAACCACACAUCCUUUACACAAGACACCCCAAGAUCUUGCACGGCACGUGAAAGCAUAUCGUAUGCUCAACUAUUGUACAGCGUCCAUCCAUCACCGCCCAAUAAUGGCGGCGAGUCGCAUCGAGAUAAGAUGAAGUAAAGCAAAAAACAACAAGAAACAAAAAACGAACUGGUGCUUCUCACGGAAAGAGCUGAUGGGUGCCGGUUGCAUUUCUGAUGAAGACCCAAAGCUGAGACCGCGUAAUGUUGCUUGUAUGAGCAUCGCAUCCUCGCGUAAGUAAGGAUGAAGCCCAUGGGACCACUCUGUCUCGAAUAACCUCUGGCCAUCGGCCCUUCAAGGUUUCUGUCCCAAAGCCACGCUCUUUCCAAACUGGGUGAUGUUUUGGAGCCUAGAGGCCGAAUUUGCGGCCUACCAUGCCAUAGAAACCGCUGCGGUUCGGGUCUUGAUAAAAUGCAGUGCCAACCUGGAAUCCUAUGCGAUAUGCCAGGUCAGCACACCCGUACGACCACAAAGGCGAAAUCAUAGAGGGGCUGCCGGGCCACGAGGAUGUUCCAACCUUGCCGAUAAAUCGUGAUCACUCACCACCGUCUUCGGUCUCAGCGGCAGCAUCAUCAUCGUCGUCGCCGAAUCCCAUACCCUCGCCAAGCUCCAACUCGUAGUUCUGCUGCUGAUAGCCCACGCCCUCGUUCAUGUCCACAUCCUCCUCUGCCUUCUUGGCUCUCGAGCUGCGGCCCUUCUUUGCCCCCUUGGCUCCCGACUUGGGUGUGCUGCCGCUCGCGCCCUCCGCACCGGCAAUAGCAAGCGCCGUGGCCUUUGCGAUCGACUGCUUCUUGCCGGAGCCGGGUGGUCGGCCGCGGGGGCGGCCUGACGAGGAGGCAGCGGUGGGGGCCGCUUUCUUGGCGGGGGUCUUGGGAGGAGCAUUGGGAUCCUUGGGAGGACGACCACGGCCGCGACCGACGCCGGUCCUUGAGAUCUUGGGGUUCAGGAUGCGCUGAGGGAGACCGGAGGGGUCCUUGGGA